GUUUAAGCCCGAGGCAGAAACAUACUUCAAAUCUCUCUCUCCAAUGGCUUCUUCCUCCCUCUCCAUAAGACGCCUUCUCUCUCCUCGCUCCGUUUUUUCCUUCCCAAAAUACCCUUCCCGUUACCCUCUCUCUCCUCUCUGCACAAAACCCGACACCGAAGUGUCGGACAAUCCGAUACCCGACAUGCCCGAUACACCCGACACUCACCCGGCGACCCUCCAACGACCCCUCUCCUUCCAAAGACCCCUCGAAAACAACUUGGACCCAGGGGUAUACAGGGCGAUUUUGGUGGGUCAGGUGGGCCAGGCCCCGGUGCAGAAGCGGCUAAAGAGCGGACGUACGGUGACACUUUUCUCGGUUGGGACGGGCGGGAUCCGGAACAACCGCCGGCCGUUGGAUAACGAGGAGCCCAGGGAGUAUGCCAAUCGGUGCGCCGUGCAGUGGCACCGGAUCACCAUCUAUCCAGAGAGACUGGGUGGGGUCGCGCUGAAUCACGUGAAGCCCGGGUCUAUUUUAUAUUUGGAAGGAAAUUUGGAGACCAAAAUCUUCAGCGAUCCAGUGACGGGCCUUGUUAGGCGUAUAAGAGAAAUUGCUAUACGUCGAGAUGGUCGCCUUGUAUUUCUUGGGAACGAGACCAGCGGUGGGCAGCCAGCUGAAAAGGACUUGAAAGGUGUAGGCUAUUAUUGAAGCCCGAGCCCGACGAAGUCUUGGACAAAGCAUCAAGACAGCAAUUAAAAGAGGGUGGCUUGAAUCGUAAUCGACAUGUAAGUGAAAUGUCAACAUAUCAUUGAUACCCAAAUCAUUCUCCUACCAAAUUUCAUCUUCAAUCACGUGGAUGCGUAUGUAUACCAGUAGAGCUGGAUGUUGCCAUACCAGUAGAGCUGGUGUUUGGCAACAUCCUGAAAACGUUGCUGAAAACUGAUACCUAGUGCAUGAAUGGUGGAGAUUUUCUCUGACAUUCCUUCACUAUGCACAAUCUGUUGUUCUUCACAGACUUCUUGUAAAAUUAGAUCAGUCCAACCUUUUCUUUUGUUUUAUUUCCCAUUUUUCUAGGACAGCUAUUCCAACUUCUUGUUUUUUUCAAUGGCAACUUUUUAAGCUUUGCAAACAGAACGGGCUUACAAUUCAGUUGA